AUGUCUGAUUACUCUGCAUCGCCGUCGGAUCACCAUGACAUCCAGCCUCCCAAGCGAAAAGCCACCCAAGCUGGUUUGGACGGACAUCACACUGGACGGUCGGUCAAGAGAAGGGCGUCCAAGGCCUGUCAAUGCUGUCGAGCUCGCAAAGUCAGAUGCAAUGUCACCGAACAUGGAGCGCCCUGCACCAAUUGCCGGCUAGACGAAGUCGAGUGCAUUGUCUCGGAGAGCAGGCGCAAAAAGAAAUGGAGUAAAGAUGACGAUCAGCUCGUGGAAAGCACAAGUUCGGCUGCAAACGCCAACCGCAAACUCGCUUCGCGCGAUGCCCUGGACAGCAUUCAGAGUCUCAAUUCAGGAUCGUCGCGAGCGUCACAGGAUGCGGAAUCGCGCCGCGAGGAGCAUGUGCCUCAUUCCAUAUAUCAGAGCCAUGGAAACCGCAUCAAUUCAAUCGCCAGCUUUUCAGACAUCUCACGUCGGCUUUCCAUCACAUCGCAAAUCAACGGUCUCCCUACACUACCAUUCACACCCUAUGGCGGCAGCGAAACACGAGCCCCUUUCUUUGGCAACAUACCCUCAAAAGCAUCCUCGCCUGAAUUGCCAAGGUUCAUCAAACCACUACCAGCCAAGAUUGGACCAGACGAGAUCUCCUACUUGGAGAAGAAAGGAGCCUUGACAGUGCCCAAAGGAACUCUCCGCAGUGAGAUGCUUCGCGCUUACAUUGACUUCGUUCACCCAUACAUGCCGCUCUUAGACUUGUAUGAUUUCCUCACCGUCAUUGACCGUGCAGAUGGUAGCAAUGGCAAAGUCAGCCUGAUUCUAUUCCAAGCCGUCAUGUUUGCCGGCUCCGCAUUCAUCGAUAUGCAACAUCUACAUACUGCAGGGUAUGCUACGCGAAAGGCGGCACGGAAAGACUUCUUCCAAAAGACCAGGGUAAGCAAAGCUCCCCUUUGUUGGUGUCUUGGCACAGCUCGGCCGAGGCUCUACCACCGACGCAGUGACGGGAUUGUUGGAAUCCGUGAUACCAGCGAUCGUCCGGAAAAAUCCAUUCUAUACGAUUUCGAUUACGAGUCGGAUCGUGUUUCGCUGGUCCAGGCUUUGCUAUUAUUGACAUAUUAUUACGAGACGCCCGACGACCAAAAGGAUACAUGGCAUUGGAUGGGUGUCGCGACAUCGGUCGCACAUACCAUUGGCCUCCAUCGCAAUCCAGACAAUACUAAUCUCGAUAGUAAGCGUGUGAAGCUGUGGAAGCGGAUCUGGUGGUCAACGUACAUGCGAGACCGCCUCAUCGCUCUCGGGAUGCGACGGCCGACACGGAUAAAAUCUGAAGACUUCGACGUUCCCAUGUUGACACUCGAUGACUUUGAACUCACGCCCAUUCCCGAUUCCGUCACCUGUAUCCCAGCUGAGUGCCGCGUUGCCAGAGAUGCCGGUCUUCAAAAACAGCUAGCGAUCAUGUGCAUAGAAAAGGCCAGACUCUGUCUCUGUAUAUCCCACGUCCUGUCCAAGCAAUACUGCGUGCUCAACAACAACCACUGUCUUCAGAACGACCGCACGACGAUGAUGCUGCUACCGAAGAAGCUCGACCCGGAAACCAGCGAAGUCCGGUCUUGUGACGAGGAGUUGCAGAAGUGGGUUUCAGAAUUGCCAGAGGAGGCGCAAUAUAGUGAAAAUUUGAGUGGAAUUGGAGCCAUUGACCUGGCCAGGUCACUACUACAUAUGGUCUUCUUCACAACGCUCUCCGCACUCCACAGACCCCAAGUGCUACCAAAUUCGCACGCCGGCCCAGCCAGCACGCCUGCAAAGGCCAAUGUCGAGUCAGAUCUCCUGGAUGUUUCGAGGCGCAACGUUCGCCGCGCCGCAUCUGCAAUCACCUCGCUCGCUCAGCGUCUCGACACUGCUGGCCUGGUCAAAUACCUGCCAACGACUGGCGUCACGGUCCUGCUACCCGCCAUCAUAAUCCACCUUUUGGACAUCAAGGCACCCGAAGAAGAGACGCGCCGCUCGUCCCUCCGUGGAUUCUGUCAAUGCAUGGCCGUCAUGGGUAAACUGCGCGAUCUGUACGCUGCAGCCGACUACUCAGUCGCCUUCCUCGAAGCCGCCAUCCGCAAAGCCGGCAUCCACGUUGCUCCUCUGGCCGCCCAAGCAACACCGGUCGUGAAGCCAUCGCCCGUGACCUCGGUCGAAGACCUCGUGGACGCAGGGAGACGCCUCGAUCUCGUCAACGGCGCACCCGGCUCGUCACAGGCCCCACAUCGCUCGACACUCACGCCUCCCCCAGACAACGGCACAACCAACAUGCUUGCGCUGGAGAAACAGCACAACGAGCGCAACGUCACCGACGAAGAAGUCGCCCGCCGCCUCGAAACCUUUUUGGCAUCCACCCCUCCCGAAUCAGAUCACGAGCACAUGCCCAGCAUCACAAUCUCCCAAGACAGCCCCGUCUCCCACAUCACCGCACCCGCACCCCAAUCCACAUCCACAUCCACAUCCAGCAACCCCCUCGCCAACCCCCCCUCGUACGAAAAAUGGCAUCUCGACGACCUCUCCCCAAACCCAACCGCAAACGCAAACCCGUUUGCAAAGUUCAACCCCCACCACGACAACGAAUUCCUCUUCUCCAGCCUCCCGCUCACGAGCAACGAGUUUGACGAUGCGGAUUUUGGGUCUUUGCUUAAUUUGGAUGCCGUGGGGGAGACGUUUACGUUUGAUGAUGGGGUUAUGGAGAGUGGGUUUGGGCUUGUCGGGGAUGGGGAGUGGUUUGGUGGGGGAGAGGGGGUGGGGGUUGAGGUUUGA